AUGGCAUCUAGCUUCAUCUUGGAUUUGUGGAACAAAUGGAAUAUCCGAGGCUUUGUCGUAUUGAGCCUCUCGCUUCAAGUUACUCUCAUUCUAUUUGCACCCCUUAGAAAGAAAACAGCGAGCCGUCCCAUCAUCUUCCUUUUAUGGUUGGCCUAUUUGAUGGCUGACUCCGUAGCUGCAUUUGUGGUCGAGCUCAUCUCUCACAACCAAGGCAAUUCAAGUGCCCAUGUAGCAGAAGUAGAUAGAGCAAUUCAGGCAUUUUGGGCCUCAUUUCUCUUACUACAUCUUGGCGGUCCAGACACCAUCACUGCCUUCUCUCUUGAGGACAAUUCACUUUGGCAACGGCACUUGCUCAAUCUCAUCUUCCAAGUUGGUGCUGCCAUCUACGUCUUUGUGCGGAUAUUUCCUAAUGACAAGUUGCUAGUGAUCCCAACGAUCCUAGCGUUUCUUGCAGGGUUUAUAAAAAUUAUGGAGAGGACACUAGCACUUUAUCUCUCGAGCUUCCCAAAGCUCAGGGAAUUGAUGCUCUCAGACGACAAGCUAAGAGACUACAAGCUAAGAAUGGCUGCAAACUCAUCACAAUUGCUCGAGGAAGUCUCUGUUCAUUUGGAUGGAUAUGGAAGUUCUAAUGAAGAAGGAGCAAAGCUUGUCGAGAGCAUUGUGGUGAAUCAUGCUUACUCAUUCUUUCAAAUCUUCAAGAUCUUCAUUGCAGAUCUCAUCUACAUAAAACAACAACGGGAAAUGAGCAUGGAUUAUUUUGACAAAGUUUAUGCAGUGGAUGCAUUGAGGGUCAUAUCGGUCGAGCUCAAUUUCAUUUACGAGGAGCUCCACACAAAAGCAUUGACAAUACGUCACAAAUGGAGCUACAUUUUCCGCAUCAUAGCCUUCACUAGCAUUGUGGUGGCUUUGGGCCUGUUCAAUUGCUUGAAGAAGCAUCGACUCCCCGAACUCGAUGUGAAAAUUACUUAUAUCCUUCUUUUUGGAGGGAUAAUUAUUGAUGGGAUUGCUCUAUUCAUGCUCAUUUUCUCCGAUUGGACUGUUGCCAAAAUCAAGUACAGCACCACUGGGUCAUCUAAACUUGAUUCAUUUCUCUACAAGUAA